CGGACCCAGUAAUAAAUAGGGCGUUCUUGGUCCCCUCUUUCGCCUUUCCUCCCACCUAACGCGAGUCCACCUUCCUCCCCCCGCAAUUUCCUCCAUCGAUCGUUUGAGUUUUGCGGCAUCAUCGAUUGGAGUUGUAGGUGGGCGAUAAGGGCGAGGCACCGGUCGGCUAACUCGAUAGUGCAAGGUCCCCUAACAAUCAACUCAACCGAAUCGCUUGCUUCGCUUCCAAUCGAAGUGUACUCUUUUACCUGUUUGAAAUUGAGAAAGGAGACUCUUUGGUUCAUCUGCUUGCUCCUUACUCGUUCUCUUCUGAGAUUUUGGUUGCAGGGGUGCUCUUAUAAUUGGCAUUUAUUGCAAACAUGUCAAGCUUAGAGGAGCCUCUAGGUUUUGAUAACAUGCCAAGAUUGAGUAUUAUUGGUAGGCUUCAACGUUGCACUUCCACUGCCUGUAGGCCAAGGGUUGAUGAGACCGAAGCUGGUAGUUGCCUAAUUGAAGCCAGAGAGUGUAGCUCAUCUAACAGUUGUAGUGAAGAUUAUGGCUGGAGGACACAAACAAGAGACAAAUUUUCUAGAGAUUCCCUGGUUUGGUUAUCACAUGCUGAUGAGAAUCAAGCAGUAUUCAACAAGUUUUUUCGCGGCAUGCCAAGAUUUGUGAAAAUAGUUGAAGUUGGUCCUAGAGAUGGUUUACAAAAUGAAAAGCACAUUAUACCUGCAGUUGUAAAAGUUGAAUUAAUAAAGAAGCUGGUUUUGUCUGGUUUAUCUGUUGUCGAAGCCACAAGCUUUGUUUCUCCAAAAUGGGUACCACAGUUAGCAGAUGCUAAGGAUAUUGUGGAAGCAAUUCAUGAUGUUCAUGGUGCCAGAUUGCCUGUCCUGACUCCAAAUCUAAAAGGAUUUAAAGCAGCCAUUGCAGCUGGUGCAAAGGAAGUCGCAAUAUUUGCAUCAGCUUCUGAGUCCUUUUCCAAGUCAAACAUUAAUUGCAGCAUUGAAGAGAGUCUUACUCGUUAUCGUGAAGUUAUUGCUUCUGCAAAAGAACUCAACAUACCUGUUCGUGGGUAUGUGUCCUGUGUUGUGGGAUGUCCCACAGAAGGACCAAUGCCUCCAGAAAAGGUGGCAUAUGUGGCAAAAGAACUCUAUGACAUGGGCUGCUAUGAGAUCUCACUCGGCGAUACCAUUGGAAUUGGUACUCUAGGUUCUGUGAUCCCAAUGCUUGAAGCUGUGACUUCACUCAUUCCAGUGGACAAGAUUGCUGUCCAUUUCCAUGAUACUUACGGCCAAGCGCUUCCAAAUAUUCUGGUGGCCCUCCAAAUGGGAAUCAGUGUAGUGGAUUCGUCAGUGGCUGGCCUAGGUGGAUGCCCCUACGCGAAGGGAGCUUCAGGGAAUGUUGCCACUGAAGAUGUAGCGUACAUGCUACAUGGUUUAGGGAUAAAAACCAAUGUGGAUCUGAGGAAGCUUAUGGCUGCUGGUGACUUCAUUUGCAAGCACCUGGGGCGUCAGUCUGGAUCUAAGACCGCCUUUGCAUUGAGCAAGGCCAGCUGAUUCGUCGAAGUUUAAUUAUAUUUGAGAUGUCAAAACACACAUCGAUCUUUAGAUAUGUUAUAGACCACUAUACACCCAUCACAAGGGGUCGAUAUUCGAUAUCAAAGCAUUGCAAUUUCGAAGUUUGCAUAAAAUAAAUGAGAAAUCAAUUUGCCAGUGAAGUCCUCUCUAUGCCAAAUCGCACUUCACAGAAGUGAUAGUUAUUGCUAAUUAUAUUGUUGUGUGGAAUGGUGAUCAAAUUACUUA